GGCGACGCGUGGGACGCCUGCGACGAGAUAAGUUUCGAGAGGAUGGACACCGCCGAGGCAUUCGAGGAGAUAUUUGAGAAGUUGGACGUGCUGUACAGGUACACUCAGGAGGUCGAGUUGCCAGGAAGGUGCGACGGAUUCUUCGGGGAGUUCGCGCGGCAGCCGAAGGAGACGCUCAACGCGUACGUACCUAGGCACGGCAAGGAGCUGACGAAGCUGCGCGAAGCUGGACUCGAGCUACCAGACCUACUGGCAGGAUGGCAUAUGAUGACGCGGGCGGCGAUUCCCCAGUGGCAAGUACCCAACCUCAAGGCGCUGUGCAACAACAGGUUGACGGUGCAGGUGGUCACGGAGAGUCUGAAAACGAUGUUCGGAGGCGAUAGCGUGGCGCACCAGAAGGACAUCGAUCGCGUGAGGAGUACUUAUCACGGACGAGGCAGUCGAGAGGAAGGCUACUGGAUGGAAGACUACUAUGAAGAAGAUGAUGAUGCUUACUAUGAGGACGAGUACGAUCCGCAUGAGGAAUACCAAGAAGAUGACGAAUGGUACGAGGAAGACGAGGAAGUGCCGGAGGAUCUCGAGAACGCCUACGAGGCUACCGAGGAGGCCUACGCAGCGUAUGCGGAGGCGCGAGCUAAGAUGAACGAGUUGGCGAAGUCCCGAGGGUUCUACCCCGUGGUGGCGCUGAUCGACGAGAAGCGUGGACUACCCCCUCCAAGAGUUGGAUAUGCCAGGCCGCCAAAAGGAAGAGGACGCAGCAGCAGUGGCAAAGCGAGAGGCGCGCAGAAGGGCAAGCAGAAAGGACGAUACGGUGGACGAGUACCCUUCGGCGGUGGCAAGGGCGGCAAGCAUUUCGACGGCAGCCCGAAGACGACGCAUACGGGAUCUACGCAGCAACACGGACCAAGGUUCAAGCGGCGACGAGAUGGAGCACCCACCAAAGGCGGCGAGGACGCGAAGAUGCUGUACGAGAUCGGCACGGACAAUAAGUUCACGGAGAUCGCUCCAAGCAUGGAGACGGCGCACGGAUUACCACUCGAAGAAGGGAAUUUGGCUACGGGCAAAGGAGUUGGCGACAGUGGAGCUACGAAGCCAGUCAUGGGACUCGACGAAUGGCCGAAGUGGCGUAAGAAGCUGACGGACAUGGGCAUGGCCGACCAGAUCACGACGGAGCGGUGCCAGAAGACAUUCCGGUUCGGCAACGACGCUACGGCGACGGCAAAGCAGAUGGUUACGUUCCCAGUCUGGGUUCGCAAGACGAAGCGCGAGAUCACGGUUGACCUGGUGCCGGGAAAAGUUUUUCUUUUGGUGGCUCGGCCGUGUCUCGAAGAAUGGGGCAUCGUGGUGGACUACCGCAACAAGAAGGCGAUGUACCUGGACGAAGUACCUCAGACGUGGAGCGACAUCGAGACAAACGAGAAAGGCCACAUGAUCCUGGACCUUUUGAGUUUUCCGGAGGACGCGCUGGAGAUCAAAGAGGAGUCUAGCUCGACGGACGCCGACACGGACGGAGAUCACGAGGUCAAGAGCGAAGAGGAGAUAGACUUCUACGUGACCAGCACUCAUGGCGAGGAGAAGGAGGACGCGGAGACGACGAACUUCGACGCCGAGCAGCUGAAGGACUGGUUUACGAAGGUUAACAGGACGCUCGACGAGAAACCUAAAGUUAAACGCAAGUAUUGGGAGAUUUUCGUCAAUGAGGGACGCAUUUCACAGUAUGUCGAGCAGCAUGGCGACUUCAAAACGGACAAGUAUACGUUGGACACUGGCUGGGAUUAUACGAGGAAGUCACAUCGCGAAGCGUUCUUUGAAGAACUACGACGUGAGAGGCCAGAGGAAGUUUGGAUUUCACCGCCAUGUACGCUGUGGUCUUCGAUCAACACGCUGAACGACGCGAGUAAGGACAACAGAUAUCGGCAGCAGCGCAGACGAGAGCGAGAGAAGCAGAAGAAAGAGCUUCUGAAGUUCAGCCGGGACAUCUACGACGAGCAGCAGAAGAACGAGAGGAACGCGCAUUUGGAGCAUCCCAGGUACGCGACGUCGUGGAGCGAGGACGUCUGGCAGGACAUGGAAGGAUACGACACGUUCGUGGACCAGUGCGCGCACGGGCUGAAGGCGCUGGACCGCGACGGGCGCAGGAUCGGUCCGAUCAAGAAGCCCACGAACGCGCGGACGACCAAGUACAAGAUGCACGAGGGACUCUGGAGGCGUUGCAGCUGUAAGGAGAAACACGUUAUGCUGGAAGGAGCUCACAACAUGCGCGGAGUGGAGAACUACCCGAGGAGUAUGGCGUUUCAGGCGGCAAUCUGCAUCGUGGACGACCCGCAGAACGAGUCAAGCUACGCCGUCAAGUGGGUUGAGAAGGUGCAUGUGCAGAUGGGUCACCUAUCGAGCGAAGCGUUGGCAGCAGCACUCAAGGAGAUGAACGCGGAUGAUCGUUUGGCAAGCUGCGCGCGGAAUUAUAGUUGUGAGAUAUGCUUGAAACGGCAGAGGCCUAAACCAGUUCGGAUCGCUAGGAUUCCAAAAGAUAGAGGUUUCAACGACACGAUCGACAUAGGCACUUUUCACGUUAAGUGGAACGAGAAGCACAAGCUGAUUAUUACGAUUAUGGACGAGAGCUCGCGAUACGAGGUCGACACGGUAGUGCCAGACGAAAAAGCGAAGACCGAGAUAAAGGCGAUCGAGAAAAAUUGGAUCAAUUGGGCUGGUGUGCCAGUGCGCAUUCGUGCUGAUCCAAGUGGUGCGCAUGUGAGUGAGGAGUUUUCGGAGUGGUGCGACACGCGGCAGAUAAAAUUGCAGCUCAUACCGAGAGACGCCCAUCAUCGACUCGGGAUCCUUGAAAGGAAUCACCAAGUACGACGAGAGCAGAUCGCGAAGUAUCACGAGGACCGACCAGACGACAGCCUGAAGGUUACGGUGCGAGUGACGUGCGACAUGAGGAAUCGGCUACGCAACGUUCGAGGGUUUACUCCAGCGCAGCGUGCGCUCGGACGGCAGCCCAGAGAUCUGGGCAACAUGGCGGACGAGCCGACGACGAUGGGCGAUCUUGGAGAGCACGACGAGGGAUUCUACCAGAAUCUGGGUCGCAGGCGAGACGCGGCCAAGGCGUACUUCGCGGCGAAUAUGUCGAGGGCAGUGCGAGAGGCUUUAGCGGCUCGCAACAGACCCUCAGCGAAGGAGUUCCAGAUCGGCGAGUACGUCUACUUCUGGAGGCGCGAUAAGGGCGAGAGCGACUUGAUCAAGAGCUAUUGGAAGGGACCGGCGAUGGCGACGCAGGUCGAGUACACGGACGACCCCGAUAAGCUGAGGCAGUCAGUCAUUUGGUGCGUGCAUAACAACACGCUGCUCAGGACGACGCACGAGUUGCUGAGGCCAGAGCUACCAGAGGAGCGACGACAACGCGAGGAGGCAGAUGAUGACUCCGGUCUACCCUUGUCAACGGCGGAGAGGUUGCUCAGGAGGCUGAAGAACGCGACCGGCUCCAUCAAGUACAAGGAUUGCGUCGGCGACGCGCUCGGGGACCCAGAGGACCGCGUAGACGACGGACGGCCCGAGGGCAUGGACGUGGACGCUACAGGCGUGGACACUGACGGUAAGGUGGAGGAGCCAGUCGAGGAGUGGGCUCAUCGCGACGAAAGGACGAGGAGCAGCGAAGAAGCCGAGCCAGCCGAGCGCGAGGUGAAGGAGGAGCAGCCGCAGUCAGCGGCGGCCGAGUCUCGACCCGAAGCCGAUCUACCGGAAGCCGAUGGCGGGCGAGAACCUCAUCUCGAAGCUCCAAGCCAAGAGAAGGAAGAGGACGCUAAACCGGAGGCCAUAGUGGAGAAGCGGAAGGUGGACGACAGGGACGAGUUACUGGAGAGCAUUAACGCGGCGAGACGGCUCGACGGGCUCAAACCGUUGGCUAAGACAAGGAUAACACCGAUGGAGACGGAGACCAUCAAGUCGGACACAGGCGACGACGAGCUGCUACUGCUGUACGAGGACGAGGAGAUGAUCUACCUCACGAACGCGGCGAAGCGCGACGCGGUGCAGUUCGACGAGGCCAAGACCAAGGCACUGCUACCCUGGAUCGAGAACCAGGCGUGGCAGGCGGUGAACGAGGCGACGGCGGGAGCUGGCGAAGUGUGUCCGAUGAGGUUUCUGCUGAAGUGGAAGAUGAAGGACGGAGCUCGAGAGGCAAAUGCGCGAGUGAUUCUUCAAGGAUUUCACUUGGAGGAGGUGACGAGCACCAACGUGGAGAAGGCAAGCCCUACUCUGACGAGGCUCGCGAGGUACCUCAUCCUGCUCAUCUUGUGCCAGCAGUCGUGGAAGAUGGUGGCAGCUGACGUGAAGAGCGCAUUCCUGCAGGCCAAAGACAUUCGUGAGCAGGAAGUGCGCAUUUUCAGCAGACCGACGAAGGACAUCCGAAGGAGGUUGGCGAAGAUGAUGGGCCUAAAGGAUGACGAGAUAUUGCAGAUGCUUAAGCCAGCUUUCGGAGAUGUUCGCGCUCCCAGGCAGUGGAAUCAGACGAUCACGGAGGCCAUGAUCGACAUCGGAUUUCUUCAACACCAGCUGGAUCGGUGCUGUUUUCUGUCGUACCGCAUCGCGGCCGACGGCGACGACCCCUUUCUGGUGUGGAGCGCAGACGACGGCCAGAACUACGUACUGGACGGCAUUCUGGGUUUACACGUGGACGACUUCAUCGGUGGCGGCGAGAACUUGGAGUGCGAGGCCGACCUGACCGACAAGCAGGCCUACGAGGGCACGUUCCUGGACAGGGUGCAGACUCUCAGCAGGCGCUUUAAGUUCGGCAAGUGGGAGUUUCAGAACGGUAUCGUUUUCUGUGGUAUGGAGACCACGCAGUCGCAGUCAAGGAACGAGAUCGAGGUCAAGGCCGAGCAGUACAUCCACAAGGUGAAGCCGAUUAGCAUCGAGAAGGUACGCCGCCUGCACCCGGACGAUUUGUGCACGCCGAAGGAGAUCAGCCAGCUACGAGGACUUAAUGGAGCUAUGCAGUGGCCGGCAUCCCAGUGUAUGGUGCAGGCGGCGGCGACAGUUUCUUUUGCCCAAGGUGACGUGAGCAAAGCCACGGUUGGAAGUUUGCUGGAGGCCAACAAGUCAUUGCGGUUCCUGAAGGCGAGUGGCGACGUGGGCAUCCGUAUUCGUUACGUGUCCAAGUGGGAGCAGCUACGACUUGGAGUGUACUGGGACGCUUCAUGGGCAACAAGACUUAACGGCGAGUCGCAAGGAGGCUACAUGAUCUUCGCGAUCGAGGACGACAGGAUCGACGACGGCCAGGCCACGUUUUUGGUUAUCAUCGAUUGGACGAGCAAGAAGUUGGUUCGCAUUUGCAGGAGUUCUCUGGCCGGGGAGGCUCAGGCGGCGGCCAACGCGGUGGACGCUCUGGAGUUCGCGAAGACGAUGCUGACCACGGUGCUCUACCCCAACAUGCAGCUGACGGGACCGGACACGUUGCAGGUGCUAGGGCGAAGCCCGUGUAUCACAGACUGCAAGGCGCUCUACGACGCAGCCAAUUCUCAGGCGCCAGCCGGUGGCCUGACGGAGCGCAGGACGGGCAUCGAGAUCAUGCAAGUGAACGAGAAGAUGAAGGAGUUCGGCGGAGUGUGGAGAUGGACGAAUACACAUCAGCAGAUGGCGGACGGGCUGACUAAGUUGCAGGUGCGGCAGCAGUUCGUGGAGAAGCUGAGGAGGAUGACACACGCGCUGAAGUACGACGCGACGUUCACGGCAGGCAAGAAGGUCAGCCAGCAAGAGCGUAACAAUAACGAGCAGGAGCUAAACGACGCGGCGGCCGACUUCGACGAGGCGAAUGCGGUGGACCAGACACCAGAUGAAGUGCCAGCGCGAGAGAUGGUCAGAGCGACGAGGGCAGGGACCAGGACAGCACAGAGACUCGCGGCGCUGGUGGCGACAACGGCGGCUACGACGACAAAAGCGGAGGAGACCUGCCCAAGCCUGGACAUCAACGAGACGCAGUGGAUCUACGUGACCGUGCUCACGAUGUCGCUGGUUGUGAUGAUGCUGGUUUGCGGCAGUUGUUUGUGUGUAACGUGCUACAUCAAACGGGCGAAUGAGCGAUUCUGGAAAACAAAGAACGAGGAGGCGAAACGCUGUUUGAGAGACACGCCAGCCUCACGCGGAGACGACAACGCCGAGUACAUGCGGAUGAAGACGAAGAUGAGUGAGCAAGCCGAUGAGAUCGAGCGCUUGAAAGAGAAGAACGAAGGGCAACGGAGUAAGAUCGAAGAAAGAGCCAAGCAGAUAGUCGACAUGCAGCCAGACAUGGAGAAGCUGAUGGCGGAUUUCGAGCAGCGCGGCAAGAGCUUAGCGGCAUACGAGGAGAAGCUGACCAAGACCGAGAAGCUACUGCAGGACGCCAACGAGGAGCUUGGACUGUGCUACAAGAGGCUGUCGGCGCUGAACGGUUCGAACGACAAGUUGGAGCGGCAGCUGAAUAACACGAAGAACGAGUUACGGCAGAUGACGCUGAGAGCUCGAGACGUGCCGGAGCCCAAACGAAUGAGGUUCCCGACCGGCGAGCUCAAGCGGUUCAUGAACGGCGUGGUGAUGGUCAUCGUAUGCGGGACCUACGAUAUUCAGGCGUUUGCCGCAAGCUUGGUUCCAGCACAGCUGCACAUCCUGUCCCGCGCAGUGAAGGACAGCGCCGCUGGUAAGGACGAGAUGCCUGGAUGGCUUGGGAUUGGCUCCAGCACGGCAUACGUGGACAGGCAAUUGCAGGAAGCCUUCGCCGAGGGCGUCCGGCAGGUGGUGAUCUUAGGAAGCGGCCUGGACUGCAGGCCCCUGCGCCUGGAGUGCCCCGAGGGCACCCGCUUCGUGGAGGUGGACGAGGCGGGGGUGCUCGAUUUCAAGGUGCAGAGGCUGGCCGCCGCAGGCAUCGCGCCGUACCCGGCGCACCUGAUCCGCGGUAGUUAUCUCGAAAUGGAUAUACACGCAGAGCUGGGCCUGGCCGGAGUUGAUUCCCAAGAGUCCGUGCUCUUCCUUUGGGAGGCGAAUACGAUGUACUUGCCGACUCCAGAGGCCGAGGCGUUCCUGGCUGGCCUGCUGGGACGCUACCCGCGGAGCGCCGUGCUCUUCGACUACUUCGCGGCGCCGGCGGCCAGCGCCGCCGACCCUGCCGACGGCGGCCUCCUGAGCGGCGACAGGGACCUGGAGACCAUGGUGCGCGCAGUGGGCGACAGCAAGUGGCUCCUCAUCGGCCCGUGGGAUCACGAGGGGGCUCGUGCCAAGCUGGGCUACGAGGUGGUGGAGCACAGGUCACUUGCGGAGGUCGUGUUGCUCACUCGUGGCGAGGAGCUGGGCAGAGAGAUGCUGGAGCGGCACAAGAGGGACUUCGAG